CAACAAUCAAGAGCCAAUCAACACGCGGACGCUGCAAUCCCGUUUGGGGCUUGGCUAAUGAGGUCCUUCAAGUUCCAUGUAUUUGUGAAAAUCAGCCAGAUCCAUGUCACCGAAAUCAUGAUGACUGAUGCUCAGAGAAGCACGAGGAGCUGCAGAGGUUUGAAGAAUGAAGAUGGGUAUGAAAUUUCCAUCCCCUUUGAGGACAACAGCCUGGAUGAGUCUGGUUUCUAUAAUCAAAAUGACCACACCUUCGAUGAGUCGGCAUCAGGUCAGAUCCCUCCUUGCAGUCCAUACCUUCUGAUUACCAGCCUCCGAGCACAACUGCAGAUUUCUCUGGAAAAAAACUCCUGGCUUCAAAAACGCAUUGAAGAUCUGGAGGAGGAGAGGGACUUCCUGCGCUGCCAACUUGACAGAUUUAUUUUCACCACCAAGAGUCAGGAGAGCAAUGGCAUGACGGGAAAAGAAACUGAAGCAGAAGCUGAGCCUCAACCCACCACUCUGAAGCAGCCCACCAGUCUGAAGCCACCCACCCGGAAGACGGCUAUUCCUUCUCCAUCAUCCAUGAUAACACGCUCUGGAAAAAUCACACUACGCAACCACAAACGCAGCAGAAAUGACAAUCAAGAAGACGAGGAGGUGAUUGAGGAGGAAGAGUAUAUAGCAGAGGAAGACUUUGUGGAAGAGGAGCAGGUUAUUACAGAUGAUGAUGGCGACGAUUCAGAUAGUAAAAGCUUACGUAAGAGCCGUUCAGGCAGGCAGAAUGGCCAGACAAGGGUGAAAAGACGACGUGUUUUCCGUAUUGCGCGAAGCAUGGAAAGACAAAGAGUUAAAGACCCUGCUGGUGUUCUGCUUCGCUACAAUAAGAUCCUUGUCACCUAUCAAAAGUUGAAGAGCAUGUCAAGAGCAUUUCAGGUCCAUGGGGUUGACCGAAACACCGUGGCCUCCACCACUCCUAUUGCUGAAAUGCUUUUGGUUGCUCCUGAGAAGGUAUCUGAAGUUGGUGAGUUUGAUUCCUCCAAGGAAAAGCUUCUGGAUUAUGCAAGACGCUGCUAUAAAGCUCUUGACGAGAACGCUCAUGCUAAGGUGCAGGCCUUGAAGAAAAACAACCUCUUGCUGCCCAUUUCAUACAGGUUCAGACACUAAAUUUCCACAACUGUAUUCCUUUUUUGGGGGAGGAGCCAGCACUGUUGACACAGUGGUUUGGAUACUAUGGAGUCCAUUCAUUGACCAUUUAUGGGCUUUUUUUCUUUUCUUUUUUUUUUCUCCCUACCUCAAUUCUAGAUCUAAACAUUUGGAGUGAAAAACUGUUCAAAUCCCAACUCUAUGCCAACUGUGUUAAUGAUGAUGAUAAUUCUUCUGACAAAAUGUGUAGAUUCCAAGAAUGACCAAACAUUUGGGCAAAUACUGUACUGUAAAAAAAAUAAAUAAAUAAGUGGGUAAAUAAAUAGUAAGCCACUGUAUGUAAAGGGUUACCUUUUUCUUAUUUUGUAGAUAUGCUUAAGUUUCUUACUGUAAAGUUUGGAAUCUCCAUCCUUCAAUGAAAGGGUCUUGUUUGAAUUCAUAAUUUGGGGAUCACUCAAGGUACUACUUUUCUUUAAUAUUCUGACCUUUGUGAUCACAUUUGGAUGAUAUGAGUCAGACUAAAGAUUAUUGAAUAAAAGAAAAGUUGACCAGCUUGGUCACCAUCAUCUUCAGAGUUUCUAAACUUUCUACAUUUGCUGUGAAAUAAUAAAGGAGCAACUUGUUCUUUAAUUAGUGGCCUUGGCUAUAAUGAGCUGCAGUUAUUUUCCAUUCAAAAACUAGUGCGAGAAACUCAAAGAACAAAGAGAAGUAGGUUACUGAGCUUAUCUGUUUAUUGAAAUCACUAGGGUUGAAGUGUAUUGCUGUCUCCGUAAAUGACUGUGGCACACCAAUGCGGUGUUAUUCUGACAAAUCAUUUCAGACUCCACAAAUGAAGCCUUUGUUUAAAAAAAAUACAAACCCUUCCUUAUUUGUUGUAAUAUGUGACUAUUUAAGCACUUUUUUGUUAUUGACAAAGGGGAAAAUAAA